UCUUCCCGUCGCCUGUCAGCCAUUGCUGCUCUGUUCGCCGGGUCCUUUGGGUUCGAUCGGCGCAGGGCAUCACCGUUGUUGAAGGCAAGCACCGGAGAGAACUCUCGUCUACGUACGUCCGUUUCGAGGAAACUGACGAGAUGUACAACAACGGUUACCCCGCGCAAACCUCUUACAACAAGUGUCAGCUGAGACCCAGAGGAGGGAACAGAGAGUUUGGCAACCGGAACGGGAGUGGAACCUACUGGAACAGCCAGCAACAAAGUCAGAACAACUAUAGGUCCAAGAAGCAGCAUCAGAAGAAGUCGCCUGGUGAACUGUUGAAGAAACCGUCCUGGGAACUAAUGUCUUUGCCCGUCAUUACCAAGAAUCUCUACGUGCCUCAUGCUAACGUCAUGAAACGCACCACCGACGAAGUAACCAAGUACCAUGCUGGUAAAGAGAUCACCGUCAAAGGCAACAACACUCCCUACCCCAUUCAGGCCUUCGAAGAGAGCAACUUUCCCGACUAUGUCAUGGAGGAAAUUAGGAAGCAGGGCUUCGCCGAGCCAACUGCCAUUCAGGCCCAGGGAUGGCCGAUUGCUCUUAGCGGUCGAGACCUUGUUGGCAUCGCGCAGACUGGAUCUGGAAAAACAUUAGCGUACAUUUUGCCAGCCACGGUGCACAUCAACAACCAGCCCAGGUUGAGCCGCGGAGAUGGACCGAUCGUGCUGAUCCUCGCACCGACCCGCGAGCUGGCUCAGCAAAUCCAGACGGUGGCGCGUGACUUCGGCUCGUCGUCCUGCAUCCGCAACACUUGCGUCUUCGGGGGCUCCCCUAAGGGACCCCAGGCUCGCGACUUGGAGCGCGGCGUCGAGAUCUGCAUCGCCACCCCCGGACGCUUGAUUGAUUUCCUCGAAAAAGGCACGACCAACCUGCGCCGUUGUACCUACCUGGUGUUAGAUGAGGCCGAUCGUAUGCUGGACAUGGGUUUCGAGCCACAGAUCAGGAAGAUCAUCGAGCAGAUCAGACCCGACCGACAGGUACUGAUGUGGUCGGCGACCUGGCCGAAAGAGGUACAGGCCCUGGCCGAGGACUUCUUGACGGACUACAUCCAAAUCAACAUCGGGUCGUUGACCCUGGCGGCGAACCACAACAUCCGGCAGGUGAUCGAGAUCUGCCAAGAGCACGAGAAGGAGUCCAAGCUGUCGAACCUGCUGCGGGAGAUCGGCUCCGAGCGGGGCAAUAAGACGAUCAUCUUCGUCGAGACGAAGAAAAAGGUCGACGACAUCACGAAGGCGAUAAAGCGCGAGGGCUGGUCGGCAAUCGCCAUCCACGGGGACAAGUCGCAGCCCGAGAGAGACUACGUCCUCUCCGAGUUCAGGAACGGGAAGACGGCGAUCCUGGUCGCGACCGACGUGGCGGCGCGCGGCCUCGACGUCGAGGACGUCAAGUACGUCGUGAAUUUCGACUACCCGAACAGCUCCGAGGACUACAUCCACAGGAUAGGAAGGACCGGGCGCUGCCAGAGCGCGGGCACGGCCUACGCGUACUUCACGCCGAACAACGCCCGGCAGGCGAAGGAGCUGAUCGCCGUCCUGGAGGAGGCCGGCCAGGUCAUCAAUCCCCAGCUGGCCGAGUUGGCCAACUCGCAGAGGCACCAUUACGGCAAGGGCCGCCAACGUUGGAACCAGAGCCGCUCGAAACACGACGGCCACCCGUCCUCAAGCCCGAGGAACAACUCCAGCCCGAAUGCCGGCAACAGCUGGCAGAACGGCCAGCAACACGUCUCCCAGCACCAGGACCGGCAGCUCCAGCGCCAGCAGAACGGCUACCAGAGCAUCCGACAGAACGGCUACCAAAGCAGCUACCACCAGCAGCAGCAGCAACAGAUCGCCCAGCAGCAGCAGCAGCAGCCUCAACAGCAACAACCGCAACAGCAACAACAACAGCAACAGCAGCAGCAGCGCCAGUCCAACAUGUACCAAAACGGCUACCAGUCGUCGGGCAGUCCGCCCUAUCAGAACGGUACCGCCACGGGGUACCAGACGGGCGGGGCUCCGCGCUACCAGAACCGCACCAACGGAUACCAGGGCAACCGUUUCAACAGCCGGCAGCAGCAGAACGGUUACGUCGGCGGACAGAGCAGCCAGAGCGUCUACUCGAUGCCGCCGCCCUUCAUGAUGCCCCCGAACGGGCACACCGACAGCGGCAUCCAGAGCUUGGUGAACAACAAGUUCUUCCAGGCAAAUCGACCGCCGCCCGCAACCAACGCCUGCGCCUACCAGUCCAUGGGAUAUGGACAGUUCCAGGCCGUCCCGCCGUACGGAUACCCCUACCCACCGACCCCGGUGCAGCAGUGACGCCUUACCCAGGACGCGCCGCAGCCGCAGCUCGAGGCCUACGUUCGCUGAACGGGGACGCGAUUCGCGUUAUCUCCUCGCCAGGCGGGAUCGGGCUCUCGUCGAGUGCGGCCUGACGCCGUUGAGUAUGUUCUUGAAGUAACGAUUAGUCUAUUUGCUUUGUUUCUCACCUUUCCUUAUAUCGGUUUCUUGAUGCGAGCGGCCUCGCGAUCGGAGUCGGUGCCCCGGGGCUUUCAGGGCGUCCCUGCAGGCGGCGAGACUCGAGGUGGCGUCUCCGCCAAUGGGAACGAGGGAUGACUGGAAGGUUCGCCGACGACCUGGCAGAUAGCGCCACUCGGCGCGAGGUCUCGACCAACGGGGACCCGCGCCGGGUGGCGAUGUCCACUCCUUGGUGGGAAUUCAUCGAAGUAUUCGGUCGUUCGUUCAUGACGAUGUGGGUAUUGGCCAUAUUUUUUUAUUCCGUUUGCAUCCGCACACGAUCACUUAUCACCAAGCGCGUAAUAAUCCGCGAGAUACAACGUUCACUUAUUUUUUAUGAUUUAUGAUGUUAUUAGCGUAUUUAGGGCCAUGAUGUAAAUGGGUUAACCCUUUGGCUACGGUGCAUCUGGCCGUGGAAUGCGAAUAUUACUUACGAAUACGAUAUUCAUCCGUCGCUUUAAGUGUAAAAAGAGAGGGCUACUAUAGUGGCGCCUCGUAGCUAAAGGGUUAACGGUUAAAAUCCACAACUUCGUGUUCAACGUCCUAAUAUAUGGAUGACGAUGCGACACAAGGUGUGAUUAACGCGCGAUUGGAGGAACCACGUUGGGUUGGGUAGUGUUUCUCGCCGUAUCGAGUUGCGUUACACAUAACUAACUUUUAUGAGUAACUAACUUUAUCGAGUCGUUACACCCCAUGGGAACGUGAUCACUUCCUCGUUUAUUCCGAUAUUUUCGAUGCCUUCAGUGCCAUCCAUCGGGAUGGUGCUUAUCGUAAUUACUGUCGAGUAAUCCUGAAGUUCUCUUUGUCGAGCAACCCGGGUGGACUCGUAACGAAGUUACGUCGUACGAAAGGGCAGAAAUUAAUUGAGGCUGACAUUAUAUCGGAAGGGUAGGACGAAUCGUGAGCAUAAUUGCGAACGCACCUUAGGAUUGGGUGUAAUCGAAGUCAUUCGAGAUAUUAAAGUAGAUAAAUCGAGGACACUUGAUCGAUGAAAUAACGAGCUGGUGUCUGCGGGUUUCCCUCGUUUCUAAUGAACUUCGGGGUACGUCGAGAAGUUAAUCGGACGUGUUCAUUUCCACCUAUUGGAAAAGAGGGAAACUAGCGAAGAUCGACGCGAAUAUGGCUCCUCCAAUCGCGCUCCUUGUCGUCGUCGAGCCUCGGGGUUGCCUUUCCGAAAAACGAGGCUCCUCUCGCAGGGAAACUAGCACGUUAGCGUUGGUAUAAUAAGCUCUAAUAAUAAUCCUUAAGAUAUUGAAUAUUCGAUUUCCGGAAGCCACGAUAUACUAGUUCUCGAAAGAAAGAAAAAAAACAUGGCCGUGCUUGUUAUGGUAUAACUGAGGAAAUAAGAUGAAUAAUUAAUUAAGAGGAAGCGGAAGAGGACGAAGAACACGAAGAAGAGGGAAAAAAUGGGAGUAAAGUUCCACACUGCGAGGAAAGAGAGAGAGAGAGAAAGGGAGGGUGAAACCUAUCGUAAAACUAGCUGUAUGCUUUUCCGAAAUGCACGAAACGUAUAGAAGGGGGUGUUUCUCUCGGGGAGGGGGGAGACAAUAUCCAAGGGCGGGGCAACUUAGGGUUAAUAAUUUAUAAUUUAUUUAUACAUGUAUACUCGCGUACGGACUCACACACGCAUUCUAAGAGGUACACACACACACACGCGCGACACUGUGUACUCGCACUCGGAUGGAGAAAGAGAUAGGAUGAGAGGGAGGGAGAGAGAGAGAGAGAGAUUAAUAAUUCUGCGUGAAAUCGCGAGAUAGAAGAGGAAGAGGACAGAGAAUGCGGUCCUCCUCAAGAGGGACCCCAACGCGAGUGGCAGAUAAAUCCGCCAUGAAUUAUAACGAGUUAUUUAACAAACGAAGAAGAAACGAACAUGCGAGCAAAUAUUAACGAUUAAUUAACGGGAGGAGCUAGGACGAGGAACGGGGAGAGGGGCUCGUUGCGACUUGCGUCGGUAAAGAAGAAAAAAAAAGGGAAAAAAGGGCCACCCGGUGGGUGACUUUCGACGCUUAGCGAGAUCCGUUCGCCAGGGCGGCCGAAACUCGACUGCCGCGAGAGCCUUCUUCUCGACAGUGCGCGCGCACACCGUUGCUUAACGUAUUAAUAAUUAGAGGCAUGCGUUUGUUAACGAGCUCCUCGGCGAGACCCUUAACCGACGUCUCGCAGGAAGUACCCAGGACGAGCCCAAGAUUAUCCUAGAUUCGAUUUAAGGGGGGGCCUAAGGGAAUGGCGCGCGCCCGCCCGCCCGCCCGCCCGCGCGCGCGCACGUCACCAUAUGGCUGUGCACGUCCCAGAGCGAAGCUCUCGCGAGUUUAUUUUUGUAUCGAGACACACGGGGGAUUAAUUAAUUAAUUAAUUAACCUAAUGGCGUGCGACGCACACGUUCGCUCAUCGGGGAACGACUCCGACGAGCGGCGACGAGAGGCCCCGCGUCACCCUGCGUAUCCGGCUCGCGUAUCACAUGGUCGGUCACGUGGCCUGAGUCAGCUGACCACCACGUGACCGCCGACGGACGCGAAUCUAAUGUCGAUAUAAUCCGUACUCGGGCUUUUUUCGCGUUCGAGCCGUGAAAUUGGCCGGUGCUGGGCAAGAGAUUUUCUCGAGAAAUUCAAGUUCCAUUGUGCGUGGACUCGAGAUUUAACCGGUGGAACGUCUUUGUCGAGGAGCGUUGCUAACGGUGGAGGCGGAAGUUAGGAUUCCAAUGGAUUCCUUGGAGUCGGGUUUUGGGAUGAGACGUUGGAAUACCUCAUGUUUUUACGAUUUGCAUGAAAAUUAUCGGAGACGAACGGUAGGCCAAUAUCCUAUCAUUCGGUAUCCGAUUUGAAUACAUUUGGGGCAAUUGGCAGCUCUUCGAUACUUUAGACAAAGCUGCUUAGGAAUGUAUUUAACCUAUUCGAAGUUACUCGAAUCUUAAACUGGGCUUUGAUGCUCAUUCUAUACUCACUGAUAAAUUUGAAAGAUGAAAAAGGGUUCUCGGAGAGAGGAUAAUAUUAAAGUGCCCAACAAAUCCGUUUCCAUUGCUCAAGGGUGAGACGUGUAAUGAUCUGCAACGGACUUGAACGAUGGUCAAAUAAUUUUGAACCAUUCCAGCUUGAUGCCGCACCUGCGCGUUUUCUGCCUCGAAUAGAUGCUUGCGAAUCGUCUCGCGAGGCGAAAUACAACAUCCUGAGAGAUAGGGAGAAAAAGGAUCGCCCAGCACCGAUAAUUGGCCGACCUUUGCGCGCUUCUUCGGUUAGUCGGAAGAAAAGGAACGAUCUGGUUUCCCGUCGCCUUGUCUGCGUCCGAGUAGAGCGAUGCGAGCGUCUAGAUUGUUUACGCGUUGUAAAUGUUUAAUAGGCCGCGUAUGCGAGACGCGUAAAAAAAAAAGAAAAAACUGUCCUAGAAGACGAGGCUAAUCAGUCGCCGUGCGCACCGACCCUCGCGAUUUCGAACGGACUAUCGUCAAUUGUAUUCCUCGUAAGUUUUCGUUCUUGUUUCGUCGCGUACAUGUGUACCGUUUUAUUAUUUUUGUUUCACUUUUUAGUCACCCUUUUCGUUGCGCGUAUACUUCCUUCCCGCGAUUUAUCUCAAGGAGCCGAAGCAAAGAGGAAACGCGCUCCAUUCGAGCUCCGUUGAGCACCCAGCGAGCCUCUAGAAUUUCGUAGAGACGAUCCAAAACUCGACUGCCUGUAUCGGGAGGUCUGCGUGGUACCCUUUCGACUAGGAUUACCGACCACCGAUGAUGGUUUCAGGGCACGAGCCAGUUCCCUGGCAUCGAUGAACUCUCUCUUGCCUUUUUGUCUCGAGGAGCCUCGACUCGAGGGGAAACGCCCCGAAGGACAGGACCCCUGCUUUCCGUAGCUUGCUUCGACUCCGGAAGGAUCUGUUCCUGGGGAAGGCAUUCCCUCCGAGCGCUUCGAUUCCAUGGUUCCUUACAGUAGCUUAACGCGCGACAGUCUUCAAGAAGUACGACACUUUGUUACGUAGCAUCGAGUCAGUUCGAAGGGAGGCCCAUCGAUGGGAUCGCGGUAGAGCAGAUUUUUUUCCUGUGUCUUGCUUGGAAGCAGCACAGCCAAGUGUGGGGAAAUCUGUUGAAAAUCUCAGUUCUUUGGAUGGUGGACUCUCAUCACCCUUCGAUGGUCGGAUUCUCGGGUCGUACCCUAUUUAUCUAGUGUUCGAUAGGCCGGCAUUGCUUCCGGCAUCGUAGCGAUGCCCUGCGAAGCCUGUUCUCUGGCUUCGACAUGCCAUGCACCGGAAGUGCAUCGACUCCUUUCUCAAUAUUUGAGCAAGCCUGGGCUCUCGUUGAACCCCCUUGAGGUAUUAUCGAUAUUAUCGAAGCAAUUGCCUCUCGUCAGUGACGGGAAGGACCGAGAGAAUCGACUAGUCUCUGAGUUUUCAUCGGGAUUUCCUUAGCACCCGCGUCCUCUUGAAUUUCUUGUCUUUGCCUAGGAUCAAAGGAGCCAGUUUAUUGCCCUCUUUUCUUUCUUUUGUUCUUUUUUUAGCAGUCACCCUACAGUACCAAAGUGAGACGCUACGUUUUUAAAUGGCGAAAUUUCAGUGCCGUGCCAACUGUGAUAUGCCAAUUCAAAGAUAUCGGUAGAGUCUUGAUUCUCGCCGCGUUGACGGGAACACGCUUCGGUCUCCCUUCGCAAGAUCGGGUAACGAUCAAAAGUACGAAUUAUUAAUGGAAUAUUAAAAGACGGGGAAAUACGGUAUGUCGACCUACUCGACGGAGACGCAAGAGAGAACCAAGUUUUAUGCGGUAGAAACGACGAUAACACGGGCAAUGAGGUAGGGACGCGUUUAACUAAAUAAAUAAAUAAAUAGAUAAAACUGGAGGCUCCCGCACCCUGCGUACGCCCUCCAUCGAGAUAGACUCCGUCGCCCCGGGGUGCUCGCGGUACAGGAACUCGGUCGAGCUCGUGCGCUUGGCGCGAAACUACCGGGCCAUCUCUUUUUUUUCUUCUUUUUUUUUCCCCCCUUCGAUUAAACGUCACCUGGCGAAGGAGCGCUAAUCAAUCGAAGACUUUUUGAGGACACCUGGCUCGCCCGAGAAAUUCUAAGGAAAGGGAUGACCGAAUAUCCUCGACGUUCUGCUGAGAUUUCUGGAAAAAUAUUAGCACGUCGGUGUUCGAUUUAUGUAGAGUUCAUGCUUUCGUGAAAAUCGAGGUCUUUCUCUUUUGCAGAGGUUUCCGAAGCCGGGCAAACCUAUCCGUAAGAGUACUCGAGCCUUUGAUAAAGUUUCACUCGAAGAAGCUUUUCUCUUCGACUCGAGAUUUCGAAGCUUGGAGACUUUGAAUAAUAAACCUUCUUGCAUUAGAACGGCGAAGAAAGCAAUUUUGUAGUCGCGUUUCUUUAAGGUGGUAUGAAAGGGUCAUUCUAUAUAUAUAUAUAUCGAAACGUGAAAGUAUUUACAAAACUUUUCUCCAAAC